UAUGGGUUGGUUUCUCCUUGUGUGUUUUGUCUUUUUUUUUUUGACAAAGUAUUGAUUGGUUUAUUGCCCUAGAAAGAAAGAAAUAUUGAUGAUGUCAUGAUUUGGUUAGGUGCAGUAAUGAAAAAACCGACCCGAACAUUCUCAAAUUUUCUGUUUGCUUGAACUGUAACAUAAAGCGAGUUAUAUAACACAGGAAAAACAGAGUCCUUCAAUGGUUGUUUGGUAAGUAAUCAAAUGGCCAUGGAAGCUGAGGCCGUGUCUCCUCAGGAGCUAGCUCUGGCUGACACUGACAUCAACUGGGACAGGUUGGAUAAGUGGAGGUUCCAUAUGAUUGGGGCUGUACUGUUCACAGUGCAGCAAGGUCUAUUGCAUCCAACAGCACUGGUCAAGACCAGAAUGCAAGUAGCUCAGUCUGUUUCUUCUUCUGGGUCAUCUGGGUUUAAAGUGUUUAGCCAUGUAUUGAAGAGGGACGGUGUGGUUGGCCUCUACAGGGGUUUUGGGACUUCGGCCAUUGGAUCAUUACCUGGGAGAGUCUUGCAUUUGACAUCUCUUGAAGUAUCUAAACACAUGAUGAUGAAGUACACACAAGGCUUAGACAUGCUGCCCGAGGUUACACGUGUGGGCAUUGCCAAUGGGGUGGCUGGCAUGUUCUCCAAUUUGGUUUCUUGUGUCUACUUUGUGCCAUUGGAUGUGAUAUGUCAGAGGCUAAUGGUGCAAGGACUUCCCGGGACUAUCAACUGCAAUGGGGCAUUGGAUAUCACGCGAAAGGUGGUCAAAGCCGAGGGGAUUCGAGGUCUGUAUAGAGGGUUUGGAUUGACAGUGGUGACUCAGUCCCCAGCAUCUGCACUAUGGUGGGGUGUGUAUGGUGCUGCUCAACACAUUAUGUGGAGGAGUUUGGGGUAUGGAGAUGAUGAAAGAGAGAAGAGACCAAGUCAUAUGAAAAUGGUGACAGUUCAAGCUAGUGCAGGGAUGGUAGCAGGGGCUUGUUCCUCGGUCAUCACUACUCCCAUUGACACAAUAAAGACAAGGCUUCAGGUAAUGGAUGACUAUGAUGGGGUUGGGGGGAGACCCUCAAUUGUGAAGACCACAAAAAUACUGCUUAAAGAAGAUGGAUGGUGGGGAUUGUAUAGAGGUUUUGGACCUCGUUUCUUAAAUAUGUCUCUCUAUGGAACUACAAUGAUAGUUACUUAUGAAUUAAUAAAGAGACUAUCUGUGAAGAAGAAGGAAUGAGAAAUUGAAAAGAAAGGAGGUGGCUUUGUUAGUGGCUGCCCUUUACUUGAAAUGGGUCUAUAAGAAAUUUGUAAUAUCUCA